AUGAAUGGCAAUUUCUCAACUCUCGAUAAUUUUUCUUCAUUCAAUGAUGAACAAUACUCUUCAAAGUGUGAAGCAAUUGUAUAUAUUUCUGAUUUACCAUCAAAUAUUGAUAAUGAUGCUUAUCUAGAAAAUUUGAUUUACAAUCGUUUAGAAAAAUCUUUUCAAAUAACACCAAUUAGUAUUAGAUGUUAUUCAAAAUUAGGUGCUGGUUUUAUUUGUGUUUGUAACAAUGAAAUUAAAAGUCGUUUAAUUCAAGAUAUUCAAAAGACUGUAUUAGAUCCCACAGGUGAUACAUCAAUGAUUACAUUCAGUGAUACAAUUGAACUUGUUUCAUACAUUGUUAUUGAUCGAACUAACGAAAAUAAAGAUAUUAAUUUACCAACAUCUGAAGAAAUUCUUCAUCAAUGGAUUCAAACUUAUAAUAUACAAAAACCUCUUUCAUGUGAUCAAGUUAGUAUUCAAUUUCCAAAUAUUUAUCGUAUUAUUUCGAAUUCAUUCGAUGAUUUAUUUCAUGUUAUGUCAAAAUCAAAUUUUUCAAUUAAUAAUGUAUUUGCUCAUGUUUAUUUUGGUGCAGAUUGUAGUUUUUUAGAAGAUCUACCAAAAUCUAUAACAAAAGAACAAUUACAAGAAGCAAUAAGUAAUUCAAUUGAUAUGCAGAAUAUAUCAUCAUCAUUACUACAUAUUGAAUUAAAUAAACAAACAAAUAAUGCAUGUAUUAUUGCUACUGAUCUAGCUCGAAAAUGGGCAACAAAAAGUUUUCUCUAUCUUGAUGACAAACCAAUAUCAAAAAAAGAAAAUUUAACUUGUUGUUUACUUCUUCAUCCAAUAUCUGAUAUUCAUGAUAAUGAUACUAUCUUAAAACAAACAAUAUUUGAAGGAAAAGCAACAAUUAUUGAACGAUAUGGACAUAAUCUUAUUCUUGAAAUAUCAGAUAAACAAGUUUUUGAUAAUUGUUUAGCAAUAGGAGUUCUUCAUAUUAAUGGUAAACCAACAUUGAAAAUGGAAAUCUAUACAGCUUUUAAUAAUCCAGAAGAUCAUGAAAUUGAUGUUGAAACUUGGUAUCAUUAUGAAAUGAUUCGUUAUAAACCAGAUAUAAUGCAAUUUGUUGCUAAUCUUGAUCAUCCAAUUUUUCGUUACAAAUGGAAUGCUGAAAUAUGGCUUCAACAAUAUCAAAAUACAAAAUCUCAAUAUCGUACAAUUAAUAUUAAUUCAAGAUAUAGAUCAAAUAUAUCAUCGGAUCAAAUUCGUCGUUUACUUCAAAUGACUGUUAUGUUAAAUACAAUUGGAAUUAUACGAAAAAAAAGUUAUCAAAUUAAUGAUCAACAAAUAACAUUAAAUUUAAAUCCAAAAUUAAUAACAAUUGUCUACAAUCAUAAAUCAUUAUUAGAAUAUGGUGGAUCUAUUCCAUUGAAUGUUAUUCCUUAUUCAAAAACAGAAGUUAAAGUAAUCAAUGAAGAUUGUGUUAUUAUCUAUGAAAAAUAUUCAAAAAAAUAUAAGAAACCACUUCUUUUAAAUAUGGCAUGUGCAACAAAUCCCGGUGGUGGUUAUCGAAAAGGUGAUGAAGCACAAGAAGAAAAUCUUUUUCGACGAUCAGAUUAUUUUCGAAGUCUUGAUAUUGAUCUUGAUCAUAUUCAAGACGAAAUAUCAGAACGAUUUUAUUGUUCAGAAAAUGGUAAAAUUCUUUCUCUUUCAAAUCCAAAAACAAUGUAUCCUAUGGAUGAAUAUGGAGCUAUUUAUACAAGUGGUUUAACAUUUUUUCGAAAAUCACAAGAUAAUGGUUAUGAUUAUAUGAAUACACCAUUAGAAAAUGUUCAUGUAUUAGCUAUGUCUGCAUAUUGUAAUCCAAAAUUAGAUGGAAAUAUGUUAUCACCUAAAUAUGCUAUUGGAAUGAGAAAAAAAAUUGAAAAUAUUUUUUCUAUUGCUUAUUAUAAUAAACAUGAUUGUUUAAUUUUAUCAGCUUUUGGUUGUGGUACAUUUAAAAAUCCAUCGAAUCAUAUAGCAAAAUUAUUUCGUUCAGUUAUUGAACAAUAUGCUGGAUUUUUUCAAAAAAUAAUUUUUGCUAUUUCUAAUGAUCAUCAUAUUGAACAACAAUAUAAUCGACAAGAAAAUUUUCAAUCAUUUAAAAAUGAAUUAGAUGAAUUAUAUCUCGAACCAAUUUUACCAUUAAAUCAACCAAAUACAAUGUUUGGUCCUUAUCGAGUAUUAUCAGAUGGUUUAAAUAUAUCAAAUGUACUUAUUUUUGAUUUAGAACCUUGUCAUUUUGCUGCUACAUGUAAUGAAAUUUAUGAUAGACAACAUUCUCAAAACUAUUCUCAUCCAUCACUAUGUAAACAACAAUGUUUAACAGGUACAUGUACACAAAUAAAUGAUAUUGUUCAUAGAUAUUUAUUAAUUCAUCGAAGUCCAUGUAAAUAUGGUGCACUAUGUAAAGAUAUUGAUAAUGAUAAACAUUUUCAAGAAUAUGAACAUCCAUCUUAUUGUCCAAAUGGAGGAUAUUGUCAAGAUACAAGUGAUGAUCAUGAAAAAGCUUAUCGACAUUUACCUUUGUGUAAUUCAUUUCAAAAAUGUUUAGAAUAUCAAAAACAUAUUAAAAGUCAUUGUGAACAAUAUCGUCAUUGUAUGCCUCGUUGUCAAUAUGAAAAUCAUUGUGUUUAUUUUCAUAAUAAAAAACAUUAUGAAAAUUAUCAACAUCCAUUUCCAAAACCAUGUCCAUUUACACCAUAUCAUUGUCGAUUACAUGAACAAUUUAUAAUAACAAAAAAUAAAAAAUUACUUUCACAUGAUAUUCAUCAACAUUGUUUAAAUUUUGCUCAUGUAUGUCGAUUUGGACGAAAUUGUAAUGAUAAAGAUUCAUUACAUUGGGAAAAAUCUAUUCAUGUACCUCGUUAUCUUUGUUCUUUGAGUAAUAAAUGUGAUAAACUUGUACAAGAAGAUCAUUUAAAUUCAUUUACACAUCCAAAUAUUCGUGAUAUUCGUUUUUUAUGUAAAUAUGCUGAUAAAUGUUAUGCUCGUCGUGAUCCUAAACAUUUAUCAAAAUUUCGACAUAUUAUUACAUUUGAAGAUAGUGGUGUUGUUCGUUAUUAUAAUUUAAAUAAAGAUAUUAAUUUUGUUGAAAAUCAAAAGAAUAAUAUAGAACGUGUUAUAAAUUAUAUAAAUAAAGAAAAUUGGGAACCAUUAAAAUUAGAAUCAAUUCCACAUGAAAUUAUCGAUUGGAUAUCGACUGUUCAACCUGUUCAUAGAUGUAAAUCAGAAAUAUUAGAAUCGAUACUUCUUCAUGGACAUGUAAUGAGUCGAGAUUAUAUAGAACAAUUAAAGAAGCCAAUAUUUGUUGCAAAUUCUAUUCUUCAACAUAGUCGAUUACGACGAAUUAAAUAUUUAAAAGAGAAAAAAUGUGCACAAGAUGCAAGAGAAUAUGUUAAUGCAUUAGUUACAGACGAAUUUGAAAAACAUCGUUUUGAAAAUACAAAUAUCAAUGAUAUCAUAUCAAAAGUUGAACCAUUACUUCCUGAUAUAGUCAUAUCAGAAUCUCGAAAACAAUUAAUUAAAAAUAAAGAAGUCAUUCUUUCGUCCAUACUUUCUCAAGAUGAUAUGGAAACAAUUAAAACAACAUCUAUUGAAAUAGCUCAAGCUUCUAUUAAACUUCAUUCAAAUCCAGCUGGUCUUGGUAAUGCACCUGAUCAAGAAUUAGGUACAAAUAAAAAUGUUUUUAGUAUUCUUGGACCACAUUUAGGUCAUUAUUAUGGUGAUAUAUUUAUUGUAUUUAAACGAGAAAUUCUUCAUCAUCCAGAUGCAAGUUUUUCUAUUCAAGCAGCAAUAACAUAUGCACUUGGUCAAUGUUUUCAAUGGCGUCCAUGGUUAGGUAAUGAUUCAACUUUAUCAAAUGAUCGAAUUCGUUUGUUUCACAAUACAAAAUUACAUGCAUCAGUAACAGGUUAUGAAUAUGCAACUGCUCUUGAACUCAUUGCUACGACAAGUGAAACUCUAAAGAAAAAAUCAAUGAAUAUUGAUUUAAAAACAAUUCUUCAUCGUUGGAUUAAUGUCGAUUCUCAUAUGAAUAUUGAAGCUCGUUUACCUCAACUUAUUCCACUUGAUUAUAUCGAUCAUAUAUAUAUGACACAGAAUACAUUCGAUUCAUUAAGUCUUUAUGCACGUAAAUCUAUUGAUACUAUAUUUAAAAAUCGUAUUACGAAAACAUCACAUGAAAUUGAACUUAAUCCAAUCGAUAAAGAAAUCGGUCCAAAACCUAAUUCAAAAGCUCGAGAAGAAUAUCAAAAUUUUGUUAUACAAGAUUUAAUUGAUAAAUUUGGUCAACGUGAUAUUCAUUCAAUAAUAAGACCUAUUCAAGGUUCUGUUAUAACAAUACCAUCAAUUAAUUUUAAUGAUCAUUUUGUAUUACCUCUAACUAUUUCACAAGCAUAUGAACAAUAUCAAAUUGAUCAUUCAAAUGUAUCAAAUAAUAUUACAGUUUAUAUUUAUUGGCAAGUUAUGAAUGGAGAUAUGAUGUUAACAUUAUCAAAUAAACAAAUUGAUACAGGAGAAUCACAACCUGAUUUAAAUUGUUUAAUAUGUUAUAUUGCUGAAAAACCUUCAACAAAUGAUAUUCAUUAUCAUGAAUAUGUAUCAUAUUUACAUAGUGGUCGACCUUUUCAACAUGAAAUUAUACUUGCUGAACGAAGAUAUACAGCUAAAUCAACAUCAUUUUAUCUUGGAUGUAAUACAGAUGAUUUUAUGACAUUUUGUCUUGAAAUUCAACGUUCAACAGGAAAAGUUAUUUUAUCACAUGCAGGUCCAAAUUCUAUUUAUAAUCAUGAAAAAAUUUCUUGUACAUUUUCUAAAGUUGAUCUUGAUUUAAAUCAAUUAAAUUUUAUUCAUGUAAGUGCUGGAACUCGUACAGUACCUAUACGAAAUUUGAUUGUUACUUUCGAAAAACUAUUGGAUUUAGAUCCAGCUUUUGAUAAAAAUUUUAAGAAAGUUUCAUUUUUAUCUACAACAUCAAUAUCAACUAAUAUUCAAGAUGAUAUUGAUAAUAAUGUUUCAUCAUUCGACACAUCUAAUAAUAAAGAUGAAAAAUCAGUUGGUUUUGUUAAUCAAGUGAAAGAUAAAAUUAUUCAAGUCAAAGAUCAAGUGAUGAAUUUCUUCGUUGGUGAUCAUAGUUUAUCCUUAAUACCAUGUCCUGAUAAUAUAAAUUGUCUUAUUCAAUAUUCUGAACAAGGGCCAACACAUAAUUCGAAAUUUUCACAUCCAUGUCGUUUUGCUGAACUUUGUCGAAAUCAAGAACCUCAUCUAAUACAUGAAUCUCGUCAAGUAUCGAAAUGUAUUUUGGAUAGGCAUUGUUCAGAUUUAUGUGAUCCAUUUCAUCGAGCUCAAUAUCGUCAUACAGAUUUGCCAUAUUUUCUUAUUCCAUGUCGUGAUCAAGAGAAUUGUCAAGAUCGAUCAGAUGAACAUCGUAUAAAAUAUUCACAUGGUGAACGUGUUCUAGAAACGUCGACGAUAACAGUAACAAAAGCAUCAUCACAAUCGGAACAAUCCUUACAACAAACAACAGCAUAUAAACAUGUUCAUGAAGAUUCUGUAACACAACAGCAGAACGAUGAUCAUAUCCUUAGCAAAUGGGAGAUUCAAUGUCAUGAUCAAAUUAAUGCACAUGCUAUGAAAUAUUAUGAUUCUUCACUUUAA